CCCUCUACCAAGCAAAAAAUUCAAAACAAGGGAAUCGAGCCAAUCACUGUACAACAGUAAAACUUACCUAUCUCUCGGAAAUUCACGAUCAAAACAAAUUUCUCGAGUUGUUCCAGAGAGAAAAUGCAGAAUCCCAGACUACCGUAGAUUAG